AUGAAGUUUGGUCGAAAAAUCAGUACGGACUUGUACAACGAAUGGCGCCCAUUCUAUCUUGAUUACAACCUUUUGAAGCGCGAGCUCAAGGCUCGUACGACAGGGCAUGGCUGGAGGUCCAAGGACGAGAAGGAGUUCACUAUACUGCUCGAGAAGGAGCUCGACAAGAUCCACGACUUUCAAAAAGCGAAGACCACCGAGCUCGCUCACCGCAUUCGCGAAGCGGAGAAGGACGUGAAACGGCUGGUGAACGAGGAGCGCAUAUUUGAGGAGAAUGCGCUGAGGAGUCCGCGACAUCACCGGAUGCGUUCGCCAAGCAGCCCUGACCCAGAGACCCAGUUGGAAGACAGUCUUGGCCUUGACGGUGGCUCUGAUGACGAUACUGACUCCGACGAGGAUGUCUCCUCAAUGGGCGCCGACUCACUCGAUGCCCUUGAGGCCCGUUUCCAUGGGCUGGAGGAGGAGGUCGCGAAUCUCGUUGCAGACGUUCACGACUUGGCGUUAUAUACCAAGCUCAACAUCACGGGGUUCAUGAAGAUUUUGAAGGUUAGCAUUGUCUUGGUUUUCCCUACAAGCUCGGUCUCAGUAUCUCUUUCCCAGAAACACGACAAACUAACGGGAUUAUCUCUCAAGUCCACCUUCGUCCAGGACUACCUCGAAAAGCGAGCGUUUUACAAGUACAACUGGGACGCGCUUAUCGUCAAGCUCUCCAAGUUGUAUGAUUUGGUGAGGACAAGGGGCCAUCCUGUCCAGGGCGACUCGAGUGCUGGCGGGAGCCAGAGUGCUUUUGUGCGACAGACGACGAAAUAUUGGGUGCAUCCAGACAACCUCGUGCCGCUCAAGCUUGCGAUUCUGCGUCACCUGCCUGUCCUCGUGUUCAAUGCCGAGAAGGAGUUCGACCCCAAGGACGCUGCCAUUACGUCAAUAUAUUUCGAUAACGAGGACCUCGAGCUGUACCUUGGUCGUUUGGAGAAGACUGAAGGUGCAGAAGCCAUUCGUUUACGGUGGUACGGCGACAUGGGCGUCAAAACGAUAUUCGUGGAGCGGAAAACCCAUCGAGAGGAUUGGACGGGCGAAAAGUCCGUCAAAGCCCGGUUCCCAAUCAAGGAGCAUCUCGUCAAUGCAUUCUUGAGAGGCGAGUACACCGUUGACGAAGAGUUUCAACAACUAGUCACCAAGGGCAAAAAGACGCAACAGGAGGUGGAUUCCAUGAUUCAGCUGGCGAAUGAGGUCCAGUAUGCUGUUCUGUCAAGAAAGUUGCAACCUGUCAUGCGUUCUUUCUACAACCGGACAGCAUUCCAACUUCCUGGUGAUGCUCGAGUCCGGAUAUCGCUCGACACAGAGUUGACGAUGGUGCGCGAGGACAAUUGGGAUGGGCGGAGUCGAGCGGGUGAUAACUGGCGGAGAACGGAUAUUGGAAUUGACUAUCCAUUUGAGCAGUUGCCGGCAGACGACAAAGAACAGUUCAAAUAUGGCGUUCUCGAAGUCAAGCUUCAAACACAGUUUGGCCAAGAGCCUCCGGAAUGGGUGAUGGAGUUGGUGCAGUCGCAUCUUGUUGAAGCUGUCCCAAAGUUCAGCAAGUUUAUCCAUGGAUGUGCUACGCUUUUACCUAACCGCGUCGAUCUCGUUCCGUUCUGGCUGCCUCAGAUGGACAUUGACAUCUUGAAACCCGAUACGGGUUACCUGAGUGUUAUCGAGCGACCACCGCAUACACCGUCAGCCGGUUCUUCGACGAAGCAUUCUACGGGUGGGACUAGGUCACCGAAUAGUGAUGAUGCCUACCAUGAACCGCUGUCAGAGGGAGAAGAGGACGAUGAUGCUGACCGCCAACCGGCUUAUGAUGAAGACAAGCGGACGGGGUUGAGUGGGAAAGAGGUUGCCGAGGCGAUUGCGUUCCGGGAAGAAAUGCUCAAGGCGAAAGGCAAGGCUCCUGCCAACCACGAAACCAACGGUGGCGACAUCAAACCUUCCAGUCCACGCAAGGGCCUCGCUAUACCGCCUAAACCGCGAACCUUGUCGAUUGACCCACUUGCCCCAUCAUUGGCGUUCGACGAGACAUUGAGGGAUCGUCUGAAGGGCGAGAGGCGGGCACAGAAACGGAGAGAAGAAGAGCAGUCAACUGAGACAUUGCGGGAAGACCAGGAAGAGCGAGAUGAGGAUGACCCGCUUCUACCGCGACCACGGGAUGACGAGCGACGAGUGUCACGGGAUGUCCAUGCCCCACCCGGUAAACGGAUAUCUGUCCCAAUACGCAUCGAACCCAAGGUAUACUUCGCUGCCGAGCGGACAUUCUUGAAAUGGCUGCAUAAUGCUGUAUUCAUUGGCACAAUUGCAACUACGCUGCUCAACUUUACCGAACCCAGUGACACGUAUGGUCUCAUUAGCGCUGCGCUUUUUACUCUCGCAGCCCUCCUGGCCAUUGCGUAUUCCGCCGCAAUAUUCGUUUACCGGGCGUACCGUCUACGCGCUCGGAGGGCAGAGGGCUUGUACUAUGACAAGUAUGGGCCGACGGUUUUGUGUGUUGUUUUGUUUCUAGCUAUGGCGGCCAAUAUUGGGAUGCGGGUGGCGGAGAUGGUGGACGAUGCUUCAGACUAG